AUGCGGAAGGGAAACAGCCCAGGGGGGAACGAGGGAGUAGCCAUGGAGGGGACAGGUAGAGAGCUAGGGGGACAGGGGAACUGGGGUUUGGAAGAUGCCCCAGGCCUCUUGGCCAGGGCCUCCCUGCCUAUCAUGCUCCCCUGGCCACUGCCCCUGGCCUCCUCGGCCCUGACCUUGCUCUUUGGAGCCCUCACUUCCCUUUUCCUCUGGUACUGUUACCGCCUGGGCUCCCAAGAUAUGCAGGCCCUGGGGGCUAGGAGCGGGGCUGUGGGUGUUAGCGGUGGGCCUGGGGGAUGCUCUGAGGCUGGUAGGCCAAACCCAGGGAGCUCUGGGGAGCAUGGGGAAGGAGCCAGGACAGAAGGCCUAGUGAGCCGUCGGCUUCGGGCCUAUGCCAGGCGCUACUCCUGGGCUGGGAUGGGUAGGGUGAGGCGGGCAGCUCAGGGUGGUCCAGGCCCUGGGGGAGGGCCAGGGGUCCUGGGCAUUCAGCGCCCAGGCCUGCUUUUCCUACCAGACCUACCUUCAGUCCCCUUUGUGCCACGGGAUGCCCAGCGGCAUGAUGUGGAACUCUUGGAGAGCAGCUUCCCUGCCAUUUUGCGGGACUUUGAGGCUGUGAGCUGGGACUUCUCAGGGACUACCCCUCUGCCUCGGGGCUGGUCCCCACUCCUGGCCCCUGGGUGCUACCAGCUCCUGCUGUACCAAGCAGGCAGGUGCCAACCCAACAACUGCCGCCGGUGCCCAGGAGCCUAUCGGGCACUGAGAGGGCUACGGAGUUUUAUGAGUGCCAACACCUUCGGCAAUGCUGGCUUUUCCGUUCUCCUGCCUGGGGCCCGGCUCGAGGGCCGCUGUGGGCCCACCAAUGCCCGGGUCAGAUGCCACCUGGGCCUGAAGACCCCCCCUGGCUGUGAGCUGGUGGUCGGGGGUGAGCCCCAGUGCUGGGCUGAGGGGCACUGUCUACUGGUGGACGACUCCUUCCUGCACACAGUGGCUCAUAAUGGCUCCCCAGAAGAUGGGCCACGAGUGGUCUUCAUCGUGGAUCUGUGGCACCCCAACGUGGCUGGGGCCGAGCGCCAGGCUCUUGACUUUGUCUUUGCACCAAACCCUUGA